AUGUUGGAAGGUCUUGUCUCUCCAGAAAACUUGUCCUUAAGCUACGCGGACAUGUCUGUACCUGAAAGGCUUAAGUGGCUGCAACAGCAUCAACAACAAGAAGUUUUGUCUCUGAGCAGUAAUGAUUCACCCGACCUUCUUCAGAUACUACAAUUCCAUGGAAGCAACAAUGAUGAGUUGUUGCAGAGUACCUUCAGUCAUUUUCAAAUGGUUGGAUCUGGUUUUGGAACAAACUAUAACAUGGGUUUUGGUCAUUCACAUGAAGCUAUGGAUGGCUGCAUUUCAAGAACAAGUAGUUGCCAGAUACAUCCACCGGAUACAAUGGGGGUUAUGUUGAAGAACAGUGAAGAAAACAGAGCUAUUUCCUUGAAAAACAAGAGAAAAUCAGAGGUCAAGACAAGGGAAGAGGAAAAGACAGAGAAGAAGAUCAAAGUAGAGGCUGAGACAGAGUCAAACAUAAGUAACAAGGAAGCAUCUUCAGACACUUCAAAGGAGACAUCAAAGGGAGCUUCACAGAUCCAGAAAUUGGAUUAUAUCCACGUGAGAGCUCGUCGAGGGGAAGCCACAGACAGACACAGUUUAGCAGAAAGGGCAAGAAGAGAAAAGAUAAGCAAGAAGAUGAAAUAUCUGCAAGAUCUUGUCCCUGGAUGCAACACAGUCACUGGAAAAGCUGGUGUGCUUGAUGAGAUCAUCAAUUAUGUUCAGUCUCUACAGAGACAAGUUGAGUUCUUGUCGAUGAAACUUGCUGUCAUAAACCCAGAACUCGAGCUUGGUGUGGAAGAUUUAUCUGUAAAGCAGUUUCAGGCGGCUUACUUUACAAAUUUUCCAGUGGUAAUUGCUUCAAAACCAUCAGUAAUGGUUGAUGUACCAUUGUUUCUACUAGACCAGCAAGGAUCUCCAAAUCUAUCAGUGUCAAACCCAAACCAAACAUCUAUUGACGCUCCAUCUGAAAGCUGGGAAACUCAGUCACAGAGUCUCUUUGCUUCAGUACUAAGAUAAGAUCUAUUGAAGCAACGAACUUGACAUCACCAAAAUCAGAACAAUAUAUUUCCACUAGGCACUAUAUAUGCUGAUCAAAGUGACAAUUUCGCGAAGAACACAAAUUCAGCUUCUGCAUUGUCCUUUGAUCCCUUUUCUGUUAUUUAAACCAAAGAAAAUGAGAUAUCAAAUUUAAUGGUCUUGUAACCA